AUGGCGGCUCGGUUCGCGGUGGGCCUGGGCAGGGCUGCGAGUCCAGGUUGGCGGGUCCCGGCCGUCCUCGGGCGCGCCCCCGACAUCUCCCGGCCCGCGCCCGGACACCAGACGCUGCAUCUCACCGCGGCCGUCUCCGCCGGACACAACAAGUGGUCCAAAGUCCGGCACAUCAAGGGCCCCAAGGACCUGGAGAGGAGCCGCAUCUUCUCCAAGCUCUGCUUGAGCAUCCGCCUGGCGGUGAAAGAGGGCGGCCCCAACCCUGAGCUCAACAGCAACCUGGCCAACAUCUUAGAGGUGUGUCGCAGCAAGCACAUGCCCAAGUCAACGAUUGAGGCCUCUCUGAAAAUGGAGAAAAACAAAGGGGUUUAUUUGCUGUACGAGGGCCGCGGCCCUGGUGGCUCCUUGCUGCUCAUUGAGGCAUUAUCUAACAGCGGCCACAAGUGCUACUCGGACAUCAGGCAUAUCCUGAACAAGAACGGGGGCAUGAUAGCUGAAGGCGCUCGCCACUCCUUUGACAAAAAGGGGGUGGUUGUGGUUGGCAUGGAGGACAGAGAGAAGAAGGCUGUGAACCUGGAGCGUGCCCUCGAGCUGGCCAUUGAAGCCGGAGCUGAGGAUGUUACGGAAGCGGAAGAUGAAGAGGAAAAGAACAUUUUUAAAUUUAUUUGCGACGCCUCUUCACUGCAUCAAGUGAGGAAGAAGCUGGACUCCCUGGGCUUGUGUUCUGUGUCCUGUGCACUUGAGUUCAUCCCCAACACGAAGGUGCAGUUGACUGACCCUGAUCUGGAACAGGCCUCUUACCUCAUCCAGGCUCUCAGCAACCACGAGGAUGUGAUCCAGGUCUAUGAUAACAUCGAGUAGCCAUGCUGGACGUUUCCUGGCUCCUUCGGAGGCAGCUGGCCCCACCUUUGCUGCACAAGCUCCUGCAGCAUCUGUGAGACCAGAGCAGUGCAGGGCUUAGAAGUUAGGAGGCUUCCGAACAGGACCUAUAGCUUUUUGGUCCCUCCAUGGGGCCCCUUGAUUAGUCCUGCUGAUGUCUCAGGGGACCUGGGGGUGCAGGGCGGGGCUAGUCAGGACCCUAUGGGGGCUGCAGGUGCCCCAGGCACCAGACACUGUGCUUGAGUACUGAUGGUGGUUGGUCUGGAGCACCGCCUCACUGGUGUAUGACUCUUGAGUUCCAGGAUUCAGAGACAGCUUUGGGGACCCUCGACAUUCUUUCAAGCCCAUGGACUUUUUCGGCCACAAUCCCAACACUGUUGUUUAUUGUUUUACUGACCAAAGAAGUGGGAGUUCUCCCCAGGUGCAGCACAGGCAAAUGCUGGUCAGAAGACGGGGCUCAGCCUGCCAUUUAUUCAUGCAACUAAUGGGCCUUUUUAAUGUUUAUUAAACAUCUGCUUGCACCAGGAUUCUGCUUACCAAGAGCACAAGCUGUUCAGGGGAAGAAACAGGACAUGCUCUGCCAGAGCUGUGCCAGGCAGGGUGUGCUGUGGUCAGGGAUCCAUGUUCUCUUUGGUGGCCUCUGGGCCCUUUAGCAAGAAGGCUUAAGACUGUUCUAAUAGGAAAUCAGGUACCAGUGAUAAUACUGACGCCCACUCCUGCUUUUCCCGGGCCCCCUCUGAGAUGGAUCAUGUGGGUAACUCAGCGAAUUGAAUUGCUCUCAGAAAAAGGAGCUGUGUAGGGGUCAGAGUCGGAAUACAAUGGUUAGUGCACUUGCCUUGCACAUGGCUGAGCUGGGUUUGAUCCCCAGCAUCCCAUGUGGUCCUCCAAGCUCUUCCAGGAGUGAUUCCUGAGUGCAGAGCUAGGAGGAUGCCCUGAGCACUGCUGGGUGGGAGAUAGAUAAAAAUGGAGAGAUAGAUAGAUAAUCUAUAGAUAUAUAAUCUCCAGAACCCCUACCUCAAGCUCCUUUUCAUCCCUGACUCCAAACAAGGGGAAGGUGGGGUGAAGGCUGAGUCAGAAGCCUCGGCAGGAGGGACAGAAGUUCCUUGGGGCCAAUUGCUCCUGAGAGCCAUGGCUGGAUUGGGAGCCUUGCCCCCCAUGCUGCAGUUUGGCAGAAGUGUUGGGGCUGCAGGGACUGUUACCCUGAGAGUCACCUGCUACAUUACUUAAGCUGACUGUGUUCAGUAAUUUUCCUAUAAGGAGUCUUAGAUAAAUGAUCAUGAAAGGGAUCUAAGACCACAUUGACCAUAAAUUAAUCAUUUUAGCGUCUAGGGAAAAUGUGAUUUCAACUGCCAAAGAGUGACAGUUCUUUUAUUUAUUUUUGGGGGGGAGGGUCACACCCAGCAUUGCUCAGUGGAUACUCCUGGCUCUGCACUGAGGAAUUACUCCUGGUGGUGCUCAGGGGACCAUAUGAGAUGCCAGGUGUUGAGCACAGGUGAGCCCUGAGCAAGGCAAACGCCUUACCUACUGUACUAUUGUUCUGGCCCCGAAGAGUGACAGUUAAGGGGAAGAAAACCACUAAAAUCGAUUAGGAAAUCAGGUGCCAGUGAUAAUAGGGCCUCUCAGCCCUGCUUUUCCCCUUUUGAAAUGGAUCAUGUGCGUAACUCAGCAGAUUGAACUGCUCUCAGAAAAGUGACUAUAUAGAGCCAUAGUACAGUGAGUAGGGCACUAGUUGGAGAAAUAGUACAAGGAUUAAGGCACUUACCUUGCGCACAGCCAACCCAGGUUCAAUCCCUGGUACCCCAUAUGGUCAUCUAAGCCCUGCCAGUUGUGAACCCUGAGUGCAGAGCCAGGAGGAAGCCCUGCACAUUGCUGGGUAUGGCCCCAAAACCACAAAAAGAAAAAAGAAAACCAAUUAAAUAAUCCACUAUUAUGCCAGAGCAUAUGCUUGUAUACCUCACUUCAUAAACAAGAUGCUGCCUGUAAUCCUUAGUUUGUGUCGGGAGAACAUGCUGAUAUUUAAAUGGCACGUUAUAAAAACAAGAUAACUUGACUGUGAUUGUGGCUCGGUGGAAGAGGGUCUUUGAGACCCUGGGUUGGAUCCCUGGCAUUGUAAAAUAAAGUAUGGCAAGUUGAAGUUUAAA